GUUCAAGAGUGUGAGCUCUUAAGACGUUGCAAUAUCGUGCACUUGUUGCCUUGAGGGAGGGACAGUUGACACAUUUCGAUUCAUUGCUGUAUACAAUUACAGCUCCACGCCCGCGACUGCCACAUUUCACACCGCCCCGCCAAAUCAAUCUCCCAUCGUGGGCGCCCUCGGUCCCUCCACCACCAACUCUCUACAGCCCUCCACCACCACCCCAAUACCUUCUCGAGUAGCGCGAAAAGCUGCAGCCGCCCAGUAUGGCCGACUUUGAGACGCUCAAGGAUCAGUGGAGCGAUAUCGAGGACAGGGAUGGCGUCCGUCUCAGUUGGAACACGUUCCCCAGCUCGCGCAUGGAAGCUUCUCGUCUCGUCGUCCCCAUCGGUGCCCUUUACACACCUCUGAAAGAGAAGACGGAUACUCCGCUACUCCAGUAUGCGCCUGUCGCGUGCAGAGCGCCAUGCAAGGCCGUCCUCAACCCCUACUGCCAAAUUGACAUGCGCGCACGUAUCUGGAUAUGCCCCUUCUGUUUGAACCGCAACAAUCUUCCCCCGCACUACAAGGACAUCUCAGAGCAACAGAUACCGCCCGAGCUGCACGCUGGCAGCACCACGAUCGAAUACCGACUCCCUCAGCCCGUAUUGACCCCGCCCAUCUUCAUUUUCGUUGUAGACACAUGCCAGGAGGAGGACAGCUUGAAGGCGCUCAAGGACUCAAUCAUCAUGAGCUUGAGCCUGCUCCCCGCAUACGCCCUCGUCGGUCUCAUCACAUAUGGUACAAUGACCCAAGUACACGAGCUGGGCUAUACCGAAUGCGCCAAGUCGUAUGUUUUCCGCGGAAGCAAGGACUAUUCCUCCAAGCAAGUCCACGAGAUGCUCGGACUUACUCAGAUGGCUCCCCGACCUGGUGUCCCCCAGCAGCCUGGCCGACCACCUGUGCCACCCCAGGGUGGUGCUGGCACGCGCUUCAUCCUACCCGUGUCGCAAUGCGAAUUACAAUUGACCAACGCUCUCGAGUCGAUUCAACGGGAUCCUUGGCCUGUCGCGAACGACAAGCGCCCUCUGAGGUGCACCGGUGUGGCACUUAGCGUUGCUGCUGGACUCUUGGAGACAAACUUCUUAAACACUGGCGCCCGUAUCAUGCUGUUCAGUGGUGGCCCAGCCACCGAGGGCCCUGGUAUGGUCGUUGGACCCGAGCUGCGCGAGCCCAUCCGAUCGCACCACGACAUCGAUCGCGACAACAUCAAAUACUACAAGAAGGCGCUGAAGUUUUACGAGGGACUUGCGAAGCGCGUUUCCCACAACGGCCACAUUGUAGACAUUUUCGCUGGAUGUCUGGACCAGGUUGGUCUGCUUGAAAUGAGGGGCCUUGCGAACACCACCGGUGGACAUAUGAUUCUGACCGACAGCUUCACGUCGUCCAUGUACAAGCAAUCCUUUGCGCGAGUGUUCAACAAGGAUGCCGAUGACAAUCUCCUCAUGGGCUUUGGCGCCAAUUUUGAGGUGUUGACAACAAAGGAGUUGAAGAUCACUGGUCUUAUUGGACACGCUGUGUCGCUGAACAAGAAGUCUGUCUCCGUUGGUGAGACUGAGUGUGGUAUCGGAAACACAUGCGCAUGGAAGAUGUGCGGUAUCGAUCCUGAGUCCUCUUACGGUAUCUACUUCGAGAUUGCUAGUCAAGGCGGACCAAACCAGAUGCAGGCUGGACAGCAGCAGGCUCUGAUUCAGUUCCUCACAUACUACCAGCACUCCGCUGGCCAGUACCAUCUGAGAGUGACCACUGUCGCCCGCCCUCUGAGUGGUCCUUCCGGUGACCCUGCCAUCGCUCAGUCCUUCGACCAAGAAGCUGCUGCCGUCCUCAUGUCGAGGAUAGCAGUCUUCAAGGCUGAGGUUGACGAUGGUCCAGAUGUCCUUCGAUGGGUUGACCGCAUGCUUAUCCGAUUAUGCGCUCGCUUCGCUGAGUACAGGAAAGACGACCCGUCGUCAUUCAGGCUCGAGAAGAACUUCACACUAUACCCGCAAUUCAUGUUCCAUCUCCGUCGGUCACAAUUCUUGCAAGUCUUCAACAACUCGCCUGACGAGACCGCUUUCUACCGUCAUGUCUUGAACCACGAGGACGUUAGCAACUCCCUGAUCAUGAUUCAGCCAACACUAGACAGCUACGGCUUCGAUCACGAAGGCGGCCAGCCCGUGCUGCUCGACUCCAGUUCGAUCCAGUCUGAGACUGUCUUGCUGCUUGACACCUUCUUCCACAUUCUCAUUUUCCACGGCGAAACAAUGGCCGAGUGGCGGAAAGCUGGCUACCAAGAGCAAGAGGGUUACGAGAACUUCCGAGAGCUUCUGGAGGCACCGAAGGAGGAUGCCAAGGAGCUCAUCCAGGACCGAUUCCCAUUGCCUCGAUUCAUCGUCUGUGACGCCGGCGGUUCGCAGGCGCGUUUCUUGCUCAGCAAGCUCAAUCCCUCGACAACGCACACAACUGGCAGCUACGGAGGCGUUGCGCAAACAGCUCAGACCAUUUUCACCGACGAUGUCAGUCUGCAGACCUUCAUGGACCAUCUGAUGAAGCUCGCCGUUUCAGGCACAGGCUAGAUACGUACUGCCUUGUGAAAGCAAUUGUCAUCAAUCGCGUAGCGGCGGGGCAAAAGAGGAAUUGUAUGUGUGGUCUUUGUGUUACAUCAUUAGCGAGAAAUGAAAUCCUUGAAUGUCCAAAUACCUUCCAUCUCGACUUGUAACUAUGAUAUGCAAAUUUGCUCAAAAUAGUAGUUCCUGAACAUCAAGCUUAAUUUCGAGUAUAAUAUAUUAUCAUAGCCC